ACGGCUCUUAACUUUGGAAUCGCGUCGUUUUGUCGUGUUUGUGUCGUGCAUAUUUUUUGCAUUUUUAAGAGGAAAAAAUUAUUAUAAAACGUUUAAAAAUAAAUAAAAAGAAUUUGUGAAACUAGAGUGUAUGAAAAAAGUUGUGUUACCAUUGGAAAUAUAUGAAAAAACAGCAGAAAAUCGAGUAAAUAAAAACCGACGACGAAGCCUUUGUGGCGGUGUAUUGAAUUUGUGUAGAAUAGUGUAAUUUGCAAUAUUUGUGGGCUAAGAAAGUAAAAAAUUGCAUUACAAAAUGACUUCGCCAUCCCCGGCGAAUAGUCCAAUGCCACCACCACAGGCACCAAGUCCAAUGGGACCACCCUCACAAAGUCCGGCUCCCUCACCUUCGCCACACAGUCCGUAUCCACACCCUGGUCAACAGGGUCCCGGUGGGCCACCUGGUCCUCCACAAGGACCCAAUGGACCUCCUCAGGGACCACCUCAUGGUCCACCGCAAGGACCGCCACAUGGCCCACCACAUAUGCAGGGUCCACCUCCAGGACCGGGACAACAUGGCCCACCACCACCGGGUCACCCAGGUGCACCAUACGGCCACCCCAUGCAACAUGGUCCUCCACACGGACCACCACAUGGAGCUCCCCAACAUGGUCCAAUGUCAACACAACAACAUGGUGUUGUUACCCAACAUGGUCCACCACCUCCAGGCCAACAUGGACCUCCCGGAGGUCAAGGUGGUCCACCACAAGGCCCACCCAUGAAUCAUGGACCCCACGGCGUGCCACCACAUGGAGUGCCCCAACAACAGCCAGGUGGACAAGGUGCACCACCACAUCUCAAUGGUCCUCCGGGACAGGGACCACCUGGUCCACAGGGGCAUCAUAUGCCACCUCAUCAUCAACCAAUGGGCCCUCAUAUGGGUAUGCAAAUGCCUCCUCAAGGUCCCAAUAUGCCGCCAAUGGGUUUUCAACAUGGAAUGCCACCUAAUGGUCCCCCAACCGGCCCUCCGGGUCAGGGUCCACCUCCCGAACGUGCGGGACAAGAAAAUCUUCAUGCUCUACAGCGAGCCAUCGACACGAUGGAAGAAAAAGGCCUACAAGAAGAUCCACGCUACAAUCAACUCUUGGCCAUUAGAGCCACAUCCAAACACCAACAUUUGACUAGCAAUCAGAUAAAUAUGUUGCGAACACAAAUUACGGCCUAUCGUCUGUUGGCGCGCAACAAACCGAUAUCAUUGCAAAUGCAACAGGCAUUCCAGCAGGCGGCCCAGCAGCAGGCAGCCGCUGUAGCUGCUGCCCAACAGCAGCAACAACAACAGCAGCAGCAGCAACAACAACAACAGCAGCAGCAACAGCAACCUCCAAAUACAAUACCAGGACAUCCAGGGGUACCGGGUCCGGCCCCUUUGCCUCCCGUACCACCACAACAACAGCAACCCGGUCAGGCAGGUACACCACCCCAAUGCUCUACACCACCGGCCUCACCAUAUGGCCAACCGCCACCAAAUGCGGGCAAAAUGCAACCGCCACCUCAUGUCCAACAACAGCAGCAGCAGCAAAUGCCACCUGGUAUGGGCGGGGCACAGCCACAACCGCCAAAUGUCCAAGAUAUGCAUCAAAUGCCCAAUGGUGGUAAACCUCCAGUUGGUGGUCCUCCCUUAAUGGGUGGUGGUGGCCAACCGCCCAUAUCAUCACCCAUGCCCGCAACAAUGGCUGCCCAGGGCAUACGACCCCCAGGACCCGGUGUUGUGGGUAUGCCGCCUCAGGGUGUACCCAAACAUGGUGCUCCACCACCGCAACAACCAAUGCCCAAACCUAAUCGCAUUACCACGGUAGCCAAGCCACAGGGCUUAGAUCCCAUUGUCCUGCUACAGGAAAGGGAGAAUCGCAUUGCUUCUCGUAUUGCCCUUCGGAUGCAGGAACUGCAACGCCUGCCCGCCACAAUGCCCGAAGAUUUGCGGCUUCAGGCUGCCAUUGAGUUGAGGGCCUUGCGGGUACUAAAUUUCCAACGACAACUGCGCACCGAAAUUGUCCAGUGCACCAGACGUGACACCACCCUCGAAACGGCCGUUAAUAUCAAGGCAUAUAAGCGCACCAAACGCCAAGGUCUACGCGAAGCCCGUGCCACCGAAAAAUUGGAGAAACAACAAAAACUCGAGGCUGAACGUAAGCGGCGACAGAAGCACCAAGAAUUCUUGGCCGCAGUUCUCCAACAUGGCAAAGAUUUUAAGGAGUAUCAUCGCAACAACAAGGCUCAACUGGCCAGAAUAAACAAGGCCAUCAUGAAUUAUCAUGCCAACGCUGAAAGGGAACAAAAGAAGGAACAGGAACGUAUCGAAAAGGAACGUAUGCGUCGCCUUAUGGCCGAGGAUGAGGAGGGUUAUCGUAAACUUAUCGAUCAAAAGAAAGACAAACGUUUGGCCUUCCUACUCUCCCAGACCGAUGAGUAUAUCUGCAAUCUGACCCAGAUGGUGAAGCAGCACAAAGACGAUCAAAUGCGCAAAAAGGAGGAGGAACAUAAACGCCUACUGCAGUACAAGAAAGAGCUGUUGAUGAGCGGUGAAUACAUGUCCAUUGAUGAUACCUGUAUUGCGGCGGAUCUCCAUGUUACCGUGGUGGAAACUGCCACGGGCAAGAAGCUGACCGGAGAAGAAGGACCUUUGCUAAAGAAUUUGGCCAGAUGGUUGGAACAAAAUCCCGGUUGGGACUGGGCCGAAGAUGACGAGGAAGUCAAGGAAGAAGAGAAAUCCAAGGAAGAAGCCAAUGCCAAGGAGCAAACCAAUGCUGAUGGUUCGAAGAAGACCGGUCCAGAAACUGAAGAUGAUAAUCGCAGCGAAGAAGAGGUCAAGGCUUUGAUACAAAAGGUCAAGGUAGAAGAUGACGAAUAUCGUACGGAGGAGCAAACCUACUACAGUAUUGCCCAUACCAUCCAUGAAAAGGUCACCGAACAGGCCAGCAUCUUGGUCAAUGGCAAAUUGAAGGAGUAUCAAAUCAAGGGUUUGGAAUGGUUGGUUUCGUUGUACAACAACAACUUGAAUGGUAUUCUGGCCGAUGAAAUGGGUCUGGGCAAGACCAUUCAGACCAUUUCGUUGGUCACAUAUCUCAUGGACCGUAAAAAGGUAAUGGGUCCAUAUUUGAUUAUUGUACCCCUGUCCACCUUGCCCAAUUGGGUGUUGGAAUUCGAGAAAUGGGCUCCCUCGGUGGGUGUGGUAAGCUACAAGGGAUCACCGCAUGGUCGUCGCCUCUUGCAAAAUCAAAUGAGGGCCACCAAGUUUAAUGUCCUGCUCACCACCUAUGAGUACGUCAUCAAAGAUAAGGCCGUCCUGGCCAAGAUCCAAUGGAAGUACAUGAUCAUUGAUGAGGGUCAUCGCAUGAAAAAUCACCACUGCAAACUGACCCAGGUGUUGAAUACCCACUACAUAGCCCCCUACCGUUUGUUGUUGACCGGUACACCACUGCAGAAUAAAUUGCCCGAGUUGUGGGCUCUUUUGAAUUUCUUGCUACCUUCGAUUUUCAAGUCUUGUUCCACCUUUGAGCAAUGGUUCAAUGCUCCAUUUGCCACGACGGGCGAAAAGGUGGAGCUGAAUGAGGAAGAAACUAUUUUGAUUAUUCGCCGUUUGCACAAAGUGCUGCGUCCUUUCCUGCUGAGACGUCUCAAGAAGGAGGUCGAACAUCAAUUGCCCGACAAGGUGGAAUACAUUAUCAAGUGUGACAUGUCUGGCCUACAGAGGGUGCUCUAUAAACAUAUGCAAAGUAAGGGUGUCUUGUUGACGGAUGGCUCGGAGAAGGGUAAACAGGGUAAGGGUGGUGCCAAGGCCCUUAUGAACACCAUUGUCCAGCUGCGUAAGCUUUGCAACCAUCCCUUCAUGUUCCAACACAUUGAGGAGAAAUUCUGUGAUCACACUGGAGUCCAUGGCAUGGUUUCCGGUCCGGAUUUAUAUCGUGUUUCGGGUAAAUUUGAGUUAUUGGAUCGUAUUCUGCCCAAGUUAAAGGCCACAGGACAUCGUGUCUUGCUCUUCUGUCAAAUGACCCAGUGCAUGACCAUUAUCGAGGAUUAUCUCAGCUGGCGGCAAUUUGGCUAUCUUCGGUUGGAUGGUACCACCAAGGCCGAAGAUCGUGGAGAGCUGUUGCGUAAAUUCAAUGCCAAGGAUUCGGAUUAUUUCGUCUUUCUGCUCUCCACUCGUGCCGGUGGUUUGGGUUUGAAUUUGCAGACCGCCGAUACUGUGGUGAUAUUCGAUUCCGAUUGGAAUCCUCAUCAAGAUCUGCAGGCCCAGGAUCGUGCCCAUCGUAUCGGUCAGCGUAAUGAGGUGCGGGUGCUGCGUCUUAUGACUGUGAAUUCGGUGGAGGAACGUAUUUUGGCGGCGGCCCGUUACAAAUUGAAUAUGGACGAGAAGGUCAUUCAGGCCGGUAUGUUUGAUCAGAAAUCAACGGGAAGUGAACGUCAGCAGUUCCUGCAAACCAUCCUCCAUGCGGACGAUGCCGAUGAGGAGGAAGAAAACGAGGUGCCCGAUGAUGAGAUGAUCAAUAUGAUGAUUGGUCGUUCGGAAGAAGAAAUAGAGCUGUUCAAGAAAAUGGAUGUGGAACGGAAGCAGGAAGAUGAACGUUUGCAUCCAGGCCGUGAGCGCUUGAUCGAUGAAUCGGAAUUGCCCGAUUGGUUGACAAAAGAUGAUGAUGAGGUGGAACGUUGGCAUACCUAUGAUGAGGAUACCAUUUUGGGUCGUGGCUCUCGCCAACGCAAGGAGGUGGACUACACCGAUAGCUUGACCGAAAAGGAGCUGCUACGAGCCAUAGAUGAUGGUGUGGAAUUCGAUGAGGAGGACGAAGAGGAGGAGGCCAAACGCAAGCGGCGUAAACGCAAAAAUCGCAAAGAUGAUUCGGAUGACGACUCGGUUGUUGGUCAAACCAUUAAACGUCGGCGCCGCCAGAACAUUGACAAGAAGAUGAAGAAGCAAAUGAACAAAAUUAUGUCGGCUGUCAUUAAGUACACCCACGAUGAUGGCCGCAUCUUGUCCGAACCGUUUAUGAAAUUACCCUCCCGGCAGCGAUUGCCCGACUACUAUGAUAUAAUCAAACGGCCGGUGGAUAUUAAGAAAAUCUUGCAACGCAUUGAGGACUGCAAAUAUGCGGAUUUGGAUGAUUUGCAAAAAGAUUUUUCGCAAUUGUGUCAAAAUGCCCAAAUCUAUAAUGAGGAGAAUUCGUUGAUCUACUUGGACUCCAUAGAAUUGGAAAAGGUAUUCGUGAAUGCCAGGCAGCGUAUUUCAGCGGCUGCUGCUGCCCAGGCCUCGGCCUCAGCUGGGGAAAGUGGUGGAGGUGGCGGUGGUGCUGGUUCGGAUAAUUCCGAAAAUGAGGAAGAGGAAACGCAGGAUAAUUCAGAUGAUGAGGAAAUUGCCACCACAUCGGCGGCGGCUGUUAAAAUGAAACUGAAACUCAACAAAUCGGUUACCAGUACACCCUCAACGCCAACACCAUCAUCGGCAGCGUCGGCAGCACCGGUCAGUGCUUCGACGAGCAAAAAACAAACCAGACGUAAAAGAUCGCAAAAGAAGUACACCAUAUCCGAUGAUGAUGACGAUGAUAUGGAUUAGCUACCACUGGGAGUGGUAUUCUCGUUGCAACAGCAGCAGCAGCAAAUGCAGUAAACGGGGGAAACUACGGUUUGGAAUCAUGGGAAUUCUAAGGAUUCCUAUUCCCUUUCAAUCUAGCCCUCCCUCUCUAUUAUUGGUUUAAGAGUCUCAGCAUAUAAAGAACCUUCUAAAGUAUAAAUAGGUAUAAUAUUCUUAACUAUUCCUUUCAUAAAUUUAAAAGCAAAAAAUCAAUUUGUACUCAAUUUAUUAGGAUAUUAUUGCCCCCCAAUCCCCUUCCCCGCUUUCCUAUAUCCACACAUUUUUUUUGAAAAAGCUGCUUUUAAAUCGUUUUACGAAUGGAUUUCAAAAAGGAUUUACAAUGUCAAGUUAUUUUUAAUAUUUAUCCUCCCCCAUAUUUUCUCUCUUUAAUAUUAUUUUUUUAUGUGUAAUCACGAGUAAAACAAAUAUGCCCACGUAUACUAAACCUAAUUACGAUUCAAAACAUUUAUACAUUAAUCCAGUUCAAUCAGAAUUUCAAACUCAAGUUAAAUAUUCAAAAUUAAAGAAAAUUAUCCAAUAAAUAAA